UGGAGGGGGACAUGUACCUGGGCGGCCUCCCCGAUAACCGGGCCGGCCUUAUCCUUCCCACUGAACUGUGGACUGCCAUGCUAAACUACGGCUAUGUGGGAUGCAUUCGGGACCUGUUCAUUGACGGUCGCAGUAAGGACAUCAGGCAGAUCGCUGAGGACCAGAACGGUGCAGGCAUCAAACCUUCCUGCAACAAGAUGCCAGGCAAACAGUGCGACAGCUAUCCGUGCAAGAACAAAGGCGUAUGCAAAGAAGGAUGGAAUCGCUUUAUCUGUGACUGCACAGGCACCGGUUACUGGUCCCGCACAUGUGAGAGGGAAUAAAACAGAGAGGCGGG